CUAACUAGGAUCACAUUUUAAUGCUAUUGACCGGUUGAUCGCUAAAUUCAGUUCAUAUUGUUGCGCAAGGCCGCCAAAGUUAAAAACGCGAACGAAGAAUCAUUUGUUGGACGCUGUGAUCAAUAUUCAACGACUUUUCACUCGGUUUGAGUUAAGAUGGAAGUGACCAUUGAUAAUUUCAAUGAGGCAUUGAAGUUGAUGAGCUCGGCAUUAGAUCACUGCUCAUUCGUAGCCAUCGAUGGGGAGUUCACAGGACUCCACAGCGGGUCGAGUCCCGGCGUCUUUGAUACUCCAGCAGAGAGGUACCAACAUCUCAAAGAGAACUGUUGUGACUUUCUGUUGAUUCAGCUUGGUGUCUGCAUAUUCAAGUAUGAGAAACAGAAGAAAGGGUAUGGUUAUGUGGCCUAUCCUUUCAACUUCUACGUCUUUCCAAGACCGUCCACGCGUGCGGCUCCAGACCAGAGAUUCCUAUGUCAGAGUUCCAGUAUAGAUUUUCUGGUGUCACACGGCUUUGAUUUCAACAAAGUGUUCUAUAAAGGAAUUGGUUACUUGACGGCAGUAGACAACAUGAGAGUGAAGGAGAUGGUCCAGCAGAGACACGCCCAGUACGAGGGGAACGCCAGUCUGCUCUCAGACUGCAGUCCUAACUUCAACUCUCCCUCGACCGCCAAGAGACCGGUCGAGAUACCUGAAGAACACAAGCCAUUUAUAGACGAUGUCAGCAAGAGAGUUGGAGCGUUUGCAGCUGGAACUGCAGAUGAACUCAAACUUGAACCAUGCACAGGGUACCAAAGGAAACUAGUAUACCAAACAAUUAAAUCAAGGUAUCCAUCAGGUCUUCACUUAGACACACACACAACUGAAGACAAAAAAGGUAGAUUCAUAGUGGUGAGGAGAGUAACGGAAGAAGAGAAAAAGAAGUUAGCCCAAGAUAAACUCCAGGCUGAAUUGGAUGAAGUAGACGAGGCGUCAGGGAUCUGCAGGGUGAUGAAGAUGAUCUCUGAGUCGGGCAAGGUCGUUGUAGGUCACAACAUGAUGCUAGAUGUCAUUCACAUGAUGCACCAAUUCACAGGCCCACUCCCCGAUACCCUGCUUGAAUUCAAGUCGAUGGUUGGUUGUGUCUUCUCAAGGUUACUUGACACCAAGGUCAUGGCCAAUACGCAACCCUUCAAGGAACUCUUUCCGAUGACAGGCCUGAAUGAUCUAAUGAGCAAGUGUGAUGAGGAACCUUUCAGAAGACCACAUAUAGUGAUACCGCCCUCAGGCUUCGUAGACUACACAGCUAAUCAGAAGUUCCACGAGGCUGCGUACGACGCCUAUGUGACUGGUGUCUGCUUCGCCACCAUGGCCAACUAUAUUGGCACCUUCUUGACCCCGCCCAAGCCCAGAGUGUCCCCGACGUCAAACCUCAUCGAACCAUUCCUCAAUAAGAUGUUUCUACACAGAAUUGCAGACAUGCCAUACUUGAAUUUAGACGGACCAGAUUUGCAACCUUCCAGAGAUCACAUCUUCCAUGUGCGCUUUCCGUCGGAAUGGAAAUCAACUGACCUCUAUGACCUCUUCACUCCCUUUGGCAACAUCAUGAUCAGCUGGAUUGACGACAAGUCCGCUAUGGUUGGCUUGAUGAAGAAAGAUAGAGCCUCACAGGUUCGACGGACCCUAGAGAAGAACCCUCUCUACCAGGUCACAUCCUACGCGGACUACAAGAAAUCUCAGUUCAUGGCUGGAGACUUUGUCCCCUUCCCAGCUUUCCAAGAAGCCCCCUCCUCCGCCGAAGCGAAGACACCCGGGAGCCCUCGUGGAAAGAAGCGUGCCAUGGUUGACGAGUCCCCGGAUAAAUUGGCCAAUUUCGACGACCCAGAGGUCGCUAGCUUUAUGUCAAGUACGGCCAAGAAGCUCAAACAGAUGGAUCCAAAUGCUACCCCCUUUGUCUCGAGAAAGAGUGUCACUCCACCUAUACCAUCUUCAGAAGGCAAGAAACUAGAUAGAGCAAGCAGCGAGGAUAAUGAGGCUGCAGCCAAGGAACCUACUAAGUUGUUUGAAGAAUCCGCCAGUUGGUAG